UAGCCAAACCUGGAGAGGGGAGUCCCAAAAGAGGAAAGAAAGAUCACUUGAAGAUUUGAUUUCCUUCUAAAGUUCUGUGUUCGCAGCCUUUUACAUGGUCAACUGAAAGAGAUAAACUAUCAUCAGAAACAGAAAAAGAAAAGCAAUAGGUAUUGAAUAUAUUCAAUGGCAACCAACAAUCAAGAUGAGUUUAAACUGAAAGAUACAAAUCCAAAGCUAGGGGAGCGGUGGCCACAUGGUGGACUGCGUGGUGGAGGAGGAUGGAUUAGCAGCGAGAGAGCAGCAAGCACAUAUGACCUAGUCGAACAGAUGUAUUAUCUCUAUGUUCGGGUCGUGAAAGCCAAAGAUCUUCCCACAAACCCUGUAACCGGAAACUGUGACCCUUACAUAGAAGCGAAACUUGGGAAUUUUAAAGGGAAGACUCAACAUUUCGAGAAGAAAAUGAAUCCCGAGUGGAACCAGGUAUUUGCAUUCUCAAAAGAGAAGAUACAAUCCUCGGUUCUUGAAGUUUUUGUGAGAGAUAGAGAAAUGGUUGGACGAGAUGAUUACCUUGGGAAGGUAGUUUUUGACAUGAAUGAAGUGCCAACUAGGGUUCCACCCGAUAGUCCCUUGGCACCUCAGUGGUAUAAACUGGAGGAUAGACGAGGGGAGAGCAAGUUGAAAGGAGAGAUCAUGUUAGCAGUAUGGAUGGGUACCCAAGCAGAUGAAGCUUUUCCAGAAGCAUGGCAUUCGGAUGCUGCUUCGGUUCAAGGGGAGGGUGUUUUCAGCGUCAGGUCGAAGGUAUAUGUUUCUCCUAAAUUAUGGUACCUUAGAGUAAACGUGAUUGAAGCUCAGGAUGUAGAAUCCCAAGACAAAAGCCAGCUGCCUCAGGUUUUUGUCAAGGCUCAAGUUGGAAACCAGAUAUUGAAAACCAAGACAAGUCCAACCCGAACAACUAGUCCAUUAUGGAAUGAAGACCUACUUUUUGUGGCAGCUGAGCCAUUCGAAGAUCAAUUGAUACUGACGGUUGAAAACAAGGUGAGUGGUUCGAAAGAUGAAAUAGUGGGAAGAGUAAUCUUACCACUUACCACGUUCGAAAGACGGUUGGAUCAUCGAACAGUUCAUGCUCGCUGGUUCAACCUCGAAAGAUUCGGAUUUGGAAUGCUGGAGGGGGACAGGAGACACGAGCUAAAAUUCUCCACCAGAAUCCACCUCAGAGCUUGUCUAGAAGGCGCUUAUCACGUUCUAGAUGAAUCAACCAUGUACAUAAGCGAUACUCGCCCUACUUCCAGGCAACUAUGGAAGAGCCCAGUCGGGAUCCUUGAAUUGGGAAUUUUAAGUGCUCAAGGACUUUCACCAAUGAAGACAAAGGAAGGCAGAAAGACUACAGAUGCCUAUUGUGUGGCCAAGUAUGGACAAAAAUGGGUGAGAACGCGAACAAUCUUGGAAAACUUCAAUCCAAAAUGGAACGAACAAUAUACCUGGGAGGUUUACGACCCUUGCACAGUGAUCACGCUGGGAGUCUUCGAUAACUGUCAUCUGGGAGGUGAAGGAUCUGGAAAAGACUCGAGAAUUGGGAAGGUAAGAAUCCGGCUAUCGACCUUGGAAACGGAUCGAAUUUAUACCCACGCAUAUCCACUAAUUGUUUUGCAGCCUUCUGGUCUGAAGAAGAUGGGUGAACUGCAGAUAGCCUUCAGGUUCACCUGUUUGUCUCUAGCAAACGUAAUAUAUCUGUAUGGCCAGCCUUUACUGCCGAAAAUGCACUAUCAGCAUCCAUUCACUGUGAGCCAGCUGGACAGCUUACGAUAUCAGGCCAUGAACAUAGUAGCAGUAAGGCUUGGCAGGGCCGAGCCUCCAUUAAGGAGAGAAGUCGUUGAGUACAUGCUGGAUGUGGACUCUCACAUGUGGAGCAUGAGAAGAAGCAAAGCUAACUUCUUCCGAAUUGUGUCUCUCUUCUCAGGGCUGAUCUCCAUGAGUAAAUGGCUCAGCGAUGUUUCCCACUGGAAGAAUCCAGUAACCUCAAUCCUAGUUCAUUUCCUCUUUUUCAUAUUGAUCUGCUACCCUGAGUUGAUCCUUCCAACGAUCUUCCUUUACAUGUUUCUGAUUGGAAUAUGGAACUUCCGGUUCAGGCCAAGACACCCACCUCACAUGGAUACUAAACUUUCUUGGGCAGAAGCAGUGCACCCCGACGAACUAGAUGAAGAGUUUGACACAUUUCCUACCUCGAAAGCCCAAGAUGUAACAAAGAUGAGAUAUGACAGGCUUAGGAGCGUUGCUGGGAGAAUCCAAACCGUAGUUGGAGACAUGGCUACACAGGGAGAAAGAUUUCAAUCUCUGUUGAGCUGGAGAGAUCCAAGAGCUACCUGCCUCUUCAUAUUCUUAUGCCUAAUUACAGCAAUAGCACUCUAUGUUACUCCUUUCAGAAUAGUUUCUCUCAUUGCUGGACUGUAUCUGUUAAGACACCCUAGAUUUCGAAGCAAGAUGCCCACGGUUCCAAGCAACUUCUUCAGGAGACUGCCUGCUCGAGCUGACAGCAUGCUUUAAUCCAG